GGCCAGCGCGUCGGCUCGCAUCAGCCACAUCGCACCGCGUCAACGGCACCGCGUCGUCCACGACAUGAAGGCCACCGCGCUCGUGCCCUUGCUGCUGGCCAUCGCAGUCGGGACGCAGGUGGAGGAGGAGGAGGCCGUCCUGACUGCGCUGAAGGUGUGCAGCGAAGGCAUCACUCCGUCGGAAGACGAUCUCGAAGAAAUCUCAAAAGGGGAACUAAAAUCAGAAACUGCCAAAGCUGUCAUAGCAUGCUGGUUCAAGGGAGCGGAAGUGAUGAAGGAUAAAAUGCUCCACAAGGAAAAGACGGUGACGUUCCUGCGCGCCCUCACACCCGGGGACCCCAAGAACGACAACGUCCCGCUGAUGCAGAAGCUCGCCGAGAAGUGCCACUCUCUGGUGGGCCAACCCAAAGACGACGCGUCCGAGGUGGAGGCAGCCACCAUCAUCUACGACUGCCUGGUGCGAGAGGGACGAGCGAUGCGACUGACGCUGCAGGAGGGCAACGGUGCCGCCAACGCGACCCAGCCGAGCUAGUCGACCUCGCCACGUUGGUGGAGUGGAGGUGUCCACUCCGGUCCAGCGGAGCCGAGCGGAGCCUUUGCGGCUGCUUCACACACCGUACCUUCAACGUUGGGUCCCCACUCUUCCUGAACUCGUCUGCUGGGCGUCGCAGGCCGCAAGGACCCGGACAGGGCGCGUGCAACAAGACAGACAAGACCGUGAACGCCUAGGCGACUUCCAAACAGCUUCGUCGCUUCGUCUUUCUCGCACCUCGGAAGUAAGAGAGAGAGAGACAGAGCGACGAAGUCAGCGUCCAGGCCGCCUGCACCGAAUCCGCCGCCAUCCGCCGCCACGCCACUGUCGGGGACACCACCGGACACUCACCCUUGGUCAUCCCCAGCUCGCUGAUGCACUCGUCGAGGUUGUUGGCGUAGGCCAGCUCGGAUGCGGACUGCGGCAGCGAAAGUUCAAAACAAAAACAACAACAACAAAUACGACAAUAGCAAAAGGGA